GUUAAACUUAAAAAUGUGGUUACUUCCCAGUUGAAGAAGGGUUUCACAAAAGUUAUUCACUUGUAGACUGGGGGUAAGGGCACUUAAGCCUGAAAGAGCCAGGGCUAGGAAAUCUCUAACAACUGCUUUAGUCUUUACAGGAGCUAUGGGGUAUUUGACGAUGAGAGGAGAGUUUAUGGGUUUUAGCAAGAAGGUCGAAUGACAAGGUACCAAAAUUGAAUUUGAGAAUCCAAAUGUUACUAUUCUGGAGCAUUCACUUGUGCCGUUCUUGUUAAGCCAAAUUCGGGAUCCAGAGUGAUCAACAUCUGAUUAUAGAAGGUUUUCUGAUAGAAUAAUGCAUCUCUUGAUUGAAGAAGCUAUUGCUGCUGAGCCAAUGAACGUGACAAUAAAGAAAACACUAGCAGGAGGAGAUUUUGAGUGCUAUAGACUCACUAAAACCCCAAACGACUUCUGUGCUGUUACUAUUAUCAGAGCAGGAGAUAGCAUGCUUCCCAAAAUGUUUGAGCUGAUGCCAGGCAUUAAGGUGGGUAAAGUACUCGUUCAAAGAGAUGAGAGCACUGAAGACAAGCGCUCUGUCUUUUAUUAUUCAAAGUUGCCAAAAGAAAUAGCGAAAAAGAAAGUAUUUAUCCUAGAUCCAAUGCUUGCUACAGGAGGAAGCUGCAGCCUUGUGAUCAAUAGAUUGAAAGAGGAAGGAGUAAAAGAGGAAAAUAUCACUUUUAUCAAUCUAAUUUCUUGUCCUGAGGGAUUAUCGUGACUGACUAGUGCAUUUCCUGAUAUCAAAAUUAUCACAGCAGUCGUUGAUCCAAAUAUGAACGAGGAAAGAUAUAUUGAGCCUGGCCUUGGAGACUAUGGAGACAGAUAUUUCAACUCUGAUUAGUCGUGUAUUUUUGAUGA